CGACUCAACAGCGGUGUCGCUGGCUGGUUUCAGGAGUCCUGGCGAGCAGAGGAGGGGGGAAUGAGUUUUGGUGACGUAGUCGUCCCGCUUUCUACUCGCCGCCGCCGCCGCCACUGUUUCCACCACCACCUCCACCGCCGCGGCUGCUUAUCCAGGAAAUAGAAGGUGCAGUGGGCAAGGUAGUUGUGCACUUGUGCACGGGUUGUUGGCGGGGAAGGUGGGGUGGCGCUCUUGCGUGCUGUUUUCGCGUGUGGAUGAGUGUGUGUGGUAUUUCGAGUGGUGAAGGAUUAAGCACUUGAUACUUCAACUACUAUAUCAAG